AUAGCAAGUCUGAAACUGAAGGAGCUGAAGAUAGUUUGCCAACAGCCCGCGAAGGAAGACACACAGGAAGGGUCCUUUGGGAGCAAUAUUACCUGUAAACAUAUGUUUUGAAAAGUGUGAAGGAUGCCGGCUACAGGACUGAAGAUGUGGGUAUGGAAUCCUCUACUCUGUCUGGCUCUUAUCUCUCUCUCACCUGCACCAGCUCAGGGUCAAGUUGCCACCCCACGAAGACUUCGUUUCAAAGUCCUGAGCGCAACCCAGCUGCUUGUGUCAUGGAAAGAGCCGAAAGGAGACUUUGAAAGCUACAGAUUUAUUUAUAGCACACAAUCAGAUGCAGAGGAGACUGAACUAGAGGUGACAAAGAAGGAAGCCAAAGUGAUCAUAGACUUUGACCCCAGAAAGUUAUACACAGUCAAGGUCACUGCUGUGAAAGGUGCUCAGGAGAGCAAGCCACUUCUAGGAACAUUUGAGGCCCAACUUUCAGAGCCUGACAUUAAGAACGUACAGCCUCAGAAUGUACGACCCAAGAACCAGAAAGACACCAGUGGCACAGAGGAGAACAAUGAGAUAUCUGAAGAGGUAGAGCAAAACAUCCAGAAGAUAUCGGUCCUCUCAGCUCAGACGGAAUUUGUGUGCCACUGCAGCUGUGUGCAUUGAAUGCUCGAUGGGAAAAGUGGCACAUACCACCUACAGCUAAUUUACAAUCUGAAAUCAAUCAUUGUAAUCCACCAUAAAGGCUGAUGGAAUGCUGGAUUACUUUUACAGUAUUUUGCUUUUAAACAAUAAACUGCUGCCCUAUUCU